GUCUCGCAGGGGCUCACUCUGAUCCAAGUUAGGAGCUUUCAGCUGCCAGCCUUGGCUCAUCAUGUAAGUGCUGCGGAGAAUUCUUUGCAGCGCAUUUGCAAAAUUAUCCGUUUUCCCGACGACCGCGCGGGCUGUGCAUCCGUACCCGCGCGCCGUGCACGGACACGCACGCCUCGGACCCAACAAGCCUCCAAGUGCAUGAAGAUCGAGGCUUGUAUUUUGCAUCUUUGUUGCAAAGCAAGCCGCUAAAGCUCCAGUACGAGGGCGAUGGAGGGAGGGAGCGAGAAAGAAGGCAAAGUCUUUUGUGCUUCCCCUCCCCCUCAUCAAAGCAGAGGGGAAAUGCCUCAGCCAAAGGGAGGUAAGAAGAAGCCGGUCCUGAAGCUCUCCAAAGAGGUGUUUGAGCAGCCUGCACCUGCAGCAGUACCCCCCAGAGAUUUGGACUCAAAGGCUCACGUAACAAUCGGAGAAAAGAAAUGUGAGGUGAAAGCUGAUGAUCUGGAGCAGAUAUGCGAGCUCGGUCGAGGAGCGUACGGUGUGGUGGACAAAAUGAGGCACGUGCCCAGUGGUCUGAUCAUGGCUGUUAAGCGGAUUCGGGCCACCGUCAACACUCAGGAGCAGAAGAGGCUGCUGAUGGACUUGGACAUCUCCAUGAGGACAGUGGACUGUUUCUACACAGUCACCUUCUAUGGAGCGCUGUUCAGAGAGGGCGACGUCUGGAUCUGCAUGGAGCUGAUGGACACCUCCCUGGAUAAGUUCUACAAGCAGGUGAUCGAGAAAGGUUUGACCAUUCCUGAAGACAUCCUGGGAAAAAUCGCCGUCUCUAUAGUAAAGGCUCUGGAGCAUCUGCACAGCAAUCUGCAAGUCAUCCACAGAGAUGUGAAGCCCUCUAAUGUCCUCAUCAACACUCAGGGCCAGGUGAAGAUGUGCGACUUCGGUAUCAGCGGCUACCUGGUGGACUCUGUGGCUAAAACCAUGGACGCUGGCUGCAAACCCUACAUGGCUCCGGAGAGGAUCAACCCCGAGACGAACCAGAAAGGAUAUAACGUCAAAUCCGACAUCUGGAGUUUAGGGAUCACAAUGAUCGAGCUCGCCAUCCUGCGCUUCCCCUACGACUCAUGGGGAACGCCCUUUCAGCAACUGAAGCAGGUGGUGGAAGAACCUUCGCCCCAGCUUCCUGCCGACCAGUUCUCGCCGGACUUUGUGGAUUUCACCUCUCAGUGCUUAAAGAAAAACGCCAAAGAGCGGCCAACAUAUGCGGAACUCAUGCAACAUCCCUUCUUCACCUCCCACGAGGCCAAAGAAACCGACGUGGCUAGCUUUGUGAAAGUCAUCCUGGGAGACUGAGUUCUACAUGCGCACGGCGCAGAGGGAGGAAAACUUAAAUAAAA